CAAGGGAUAUGCCAACUUUGCCACGCUAGAAGAAAUAUAGAUCGUGCUUCAACUUUUGCUUGUCAAAACCAGCGAAGUAAUGAAACGCAGGACCGGCUUUUAUACUUCACAGACGUUUCCUGUACUCAAUACUUGCAGCAAGUUCUAUUCCCUUCUCAGCUUCACCUCAAGAUGUCGAAAAUCGGUAUUAACGGAUUCGGUCGUAUUGGCCGCUUGGUGCUUCGCGCUGCCAUCGAAAAGGGAGCUACGGUAAAUAAACCAUACAAAAGAGUCGAUGACAGGAAAUUUCCUAAUUUGAGUUACUAUAACCAGGUUGUUGCUGUCAAUGACCCCUUCAUCAGCCUUGAUUACAUGGUAUACAUGUUCAAGUAUGACUCUACCCAUGGCCGCUUCAAGGGUGAAGUAAAGGAAGAAGGUGGCAAGCUAGUUGUCAAUGGUCACCACAUUCAGGUCUUCAGUGAACGAGACCCGAAAAACAUUCCAUGGGGAACUGCUGGAGCUGAAUAUGUUGUUGAAUCCACUGGUGUCUUUACCACUCUUGAAAAGGCCCAUGCUCACAUUGAUGGAGGAGCCAAGAAAGUCAUCAUUUCUGCCCCAUCUGCUGAUGCCCCAAUGUUUGUUGUUGGAGUGAAUCUUGAAGCAUAUGACCCAUCCAUGAAGAUAGUCUCCAAUGCUUCUUGCACAACCAACUGCCUGGCUCCUUUGGCCAAAGUGAUCAACGAUAACUUUGGCAUCGUUGAAGGUUUGAUGACAACCGUCCACGCCAUAACUGCCACACAAAAGACUGUUGAUGGACCGUCCGGCAAGUUGUGGCGUGAUGGUCGUGGUGCUGCCCAAAAUAUUAUCCCUGCCUCGACGGGUGCUGCUAAAGCAGUAGGAAAAGUUAUUCCCGAACUGAACGGAAAGUUGACUGGCAUGGCUUUCCGCGUACCUGUGCAUGAUGUCUCUGUUGUUGAUCUGACCUGUCGGCUGUCCAAGGAAGCAAGCUAUGAUGAAAUCAAGGCCGUCGUCAAAGCCGCAGCUGAUGGACCCAUGAAGGGUAUCUUGGGCUAUUGCGACGAGGAGGUCGUUUCCACUGAUUUCAUUGGCGAUAACCACUCUUCAAUCUUCGAUGCCGCAGCGGGCAUUGCUCUCAACAAGACUUUCGUCAAAUUGAUUUCGUGGUACGAUAACGAAUUCGGCUAUUCGUGCCGUGUCGUCGACUUGAUUAAGUACAUGCAGUCCAAGGAUUAAGUUAAAACUAUAGCUGCAUUGUGGGAUAAGUCAUCAGCGUACGUUUGCAGCAGAAGGAUCUGUUACUAAUUAUGUUUUGUCAAAUUCUCCAUCCUUCAUUCUUGCUACCCCAUUGGCUACAACGAUUGAUGUUUGUCGUUGGUUUUCCUUUCUGUAGUUGAAAAAUCCCACUUUUAGAUGUCUGUUACAUUGGCUACAGGAAUAUAAACGUUUGUCACAAGUAA